UUGAGCAGCGUGGAAAUGCGGAAGUUCGCAGGCUGACGCCGCGACACAUUAGCAUUUAUAUAUAUUUAUAUAUUCACAGGGAGUGAUUCUAAUAAUACACCCGAUAACUGACAUGGUGGCCAUUUCGCGUCAGUAAAGCGACGUUCAGACGCGCUUGAAAGGAGGUUGCUCUUUAUUUGGCCACGUAAUAAUCCUGAAAAUGGGGGGUAGACUACGAUACUAACACAGUUAACACCCACAGACGACUGACACUUCGUGGAAUGACAACAACUUACAUAACAUUAGCCUGUUUGUAUCCCAGGGUAACCCACUGUAAUACAAACAUCAAAGAAAACCUGACAGUUUCUCAUAAAUACUCAGCAAGUCCUGGCUUUCCCCGUGUUCCUCCUCCUCCUCCUCUUCCUCCCCCUGAGCUGGGCAGAUGUGGAAAAAGUGCAAGUGCAGGUGGUCACCAACAGCACGCCCUGCAGCGUCACCUGCGGCCUAGGGGUCAAAGUGCAAAGGGUGUGCAGCAUGAGGGAUGCGGAAAGCGAGGACGGACGUGACGAAUUGGAGCCGUCGUCCACCCUCCAGGUGACGGAGGAGUGUCGCGACGAGAAGGUCAAGUGUAUGGAGUCGUGGCAGUGUGGCCUCACGACCUUUACCGUGACGACCGGGGAGAGGGUGGAGCUGGACUGCCUGGUGGAGAACGCCAAGAUGAUGGAGAAGCUCUCGUGGAGGGUAUCAUGGUCUCGAGCCCCGGGUGUGAUCAGCUCCGACAACGCGCUCUUCACCCGCUGGCACAGUCCGAGGUUGGACCUGCUGGUCCUGGACCCGGUGGAGGAGCAGCACGCAGGUAUCCUCACAAACCUCCUCUGGCCGUGGCGAUGGCGUCAUCGUAAGCGGCGUGCGUCUCCACCAGGUACCUACCGCUGCGACGUGCUGGACGCCGACAACAGGAGGCUGAAGACGGCUUACUGGGGGGUCCGAGUGCUGCCCAGAGGGGUCUUGAAUCUGGAUUACGACCACGGUGAGGGCGUGUGGGAGUCCGGCUGGGUCAACCCGACUGUGCCCAUCCCGAAGAGCCUGUGGGUGAUCUAUGUGAUGCUGCCCCUUCUGUGUAUUUUUGACCUGGCGGUGAUGGUCGCCCUGGCGGUGAUGAUUAUGAAGAACAAGGAUUUGUACCGAGUGGACGAGGACGACGUCGCCGACGAGGAGAAGUCGGAGGGCGGCUCGCUUCACAGCGAAAGCACGGUGUGACAUGACCUGAAUGCCUCAAAGUGAUGGGAAAAUAAAAGCAG